AUGGCGCAUAAAAAACGGUGCAAUUGCGCGAGAAAUGAACGAAACGAGACUUGGCUGUUUUCGCGGUACUCGACCGGUUGGGUGUGUGGUCUUCAUGCUGAUUUCACUGAACUUGUAGUUAAUAAUUGUGUUGAGAGAGUUCUCGACCGACAAGCCGGUUAUAAAAAGUCUCGACGUUACUUCUACACAACAUUUCUGCGAAACCCAACCGAUCGGUUUAUUAGCGAGUUUCGACAUGUUCAAAGAGGAGCAACAUGGAUAUCAUCAAAGCAUGUGUGCAAUGGAAAACCGACAUCGCUGAACGAUUUGCCAUCUUGUUUUGAUCCACGAAUGGGCUGGGAAGGAGUCACACUCGAAGAAUUCAUUUCAUGCCCGUAUAAUCUUGCAUUCAACAGACAAACACGCAUGCUUGCCAAUCUAACGCUGGUGAAUUGCUACGAACAUUUGAAAAGUCCAUCAUAUGAGCAGGAUCGAAUCAUGUUGACCAGUGCCAAAGAAAAUUUGAGAAACAUGGCGUUUUUCGGACUAAAGGAGAGAAUGGAUGAUAGUCAGUUUUUGUUCGAAAAUACAUUUGGAAUGAAGUAA